UAUAGGAACAUAUGGUUUAAAAAGCAAAUAACAUUAGGAGACAGUGUUACUCUAACAACUUAGAAAAUGAGGCUAUUGGUCAACUUUUUAGACGCCCUGCGAAAGGUGCGACUCAAGUUGUCCAUGGAAAACCUUGGCAACACCAACCAGGUGACAAAAAGCUUGGCUGCCUUCAAGUCAAAUGAUGAGAAAACCCAGGAUAUGAAAAGCGAGUUUCAGUGGAUCAACAAGUCCAAGCUGGACCAAGCUAAGAUAGACGAUGAGAAGGACAUUAACGAAGGAUCAACAGCUGGAUCCGAAAUGCUGUGGCAGAACAUCAAAAGGGUGCUGCUCAUGUGUGGCGGCCAGACGAAACCAGGCGGCAUUGAGGAUGUGAAACGGAUGAAGGACUCCUGUCGUUUGGUAGAUGUCCUGGAGGCGCAGCGAUUUGUUAGUCAGGUGUUUGCAGCCAUGAAGGUGCCCAAACAGGCGGCCAGUGAAAUGGCCGAUGCUUUGAUAGCCGCUGAUUACAUGGGCCAGCGUUCUAUGGGCAUCCAUCGAUUGCCUGCGAUUGCAGCUGAUCUCCUGAAUUGCACCGUAGUGGGCAAUGCCAUCCCAGGAAUCGUGUCCGAAAAAAAGGCCAUGGCUUUGGUGGAUGGCCAUAAUGCUCCUGGUCCAGUGGUGGCCAACUUUUGCAUGGAUCUGGCCCUGCAAAAGGCCAGAGAAGUGGGAAUCGGUUGGGUUUCCGCCCGCAGCUCAAACUGCAUUGGCUUCGCCUCUUGGUAUGCCUGUCAGGCCUUGGAGCAACGAAUGAUUGGACUCUGCAUGACCAACGGAGCCCCUACUCUGGUGCCCUUCGGAGGAGUUGAACCAAUUCUGGGGGAAAAUCCAAUUGCCUGCGCCGCAUCCGGUGUCCAUGAACAGUUUUUGGCUGACUUUGGUAUGGCCGCCUGCUCGCUGGAGGAACUGGAACUAUCCUAUUGCAAUGGCUGGUCAAAGGAAGUGCCCAAAUUAGUGGCUUUGGACAGGAAUGGAAAGGAGACUACCUUAACAGAGGAGGCUUUGAGGGCCCAAAGAAUACGAGCCUUUCAGCCGGAACACAAGGGUUUUGGUAUGGCUGCCAUGGUAGAUAUUUUGUGUGGUGUGAUGACAGGUGCUCGAUAUGCAAAUCAAAUCCAGCGCCGUGGAGUCUAUAGUACGGAAAAUGCACCGGCAGAUCUGGGCCAAGUUUAUGUGGCCAUCGAUCCGAUGCGUUUUUGUCCUUCUUUCGAAGACCGAUUGGGCGAUUUUCACCGGCUGUUAAGACAGGCGAUGCCCAACAAGGUGGGGAAAACAGCGAUGGUGCCGGGUGACAAGGAGAUGCAGCACAUGAAGAUGGUCGACGAACAGGGCGGACUCACAAUGUCACCCUGCACCCUGUGCGUUCUAGAGGAACUGGCCACAAAGUUCGGCAUUGUGCCACUGAAGAUGAAAGGCACCAAACCCAGUGAUGCUAAUAUUUCCGAGGAAUUGCAGGUGGCAUAACAUUUUGAACCCUUUUUAAAUGUCAUAAGCAGUUCUGCUUGCCUAUGACAAUGUUUGAUGUAAAUACCGAAGACCAUUUUUAAUAUAAAUGAAAUAUUAAGCCGUUAUAAAUAAAAUGUACCAAAU